AAAAAAUAAACCCCAGCAGGACAUUCUCUGGGUAGGCUCUUUGCUGUAUGAGUAGCAGCUCAGGAGGAGAGAAAAGCCACAGGGUUCUUGCUUGGGAAAUAAAUGUGAGACAUCCUUAGCAUUUAUAAACUAGCAGAAUGAAGGAGGUUAUCUUCUUGCUGUUCCUUUUGCACUUCCAGAGUGGCAGCCUUGGAUUUAAUACUCCAGGAAAGCUUUGGAACACAGAGGAGGGUGAUGAAAGCCCAACAACUUAUUCAGACAUGACCCCAUCUCCAACUGCAAUGCCUGGCUCUGUGAAUGCAGUGACAACUGCAGGGUCACCCUAUUCUGAGAUACAAGUUGCCAAGGAGAGUGCAUCACAGGCACCCACUUCUGCAUCUUCAGGCAAGACUCUGGGAAUUAAAGCAGCGAAGAAAACUUCCAAUUCUACAACCUCCAUCCCUGCAAGCCAGUCAAAUGGACACAGUGAUGGGGACUCUGACAAAGAUAAGAUGAGAAGCUCAUCUAGCAGCAAAAUGACUUCUCUACAGAGCAAUGCAAGAGAGGCCCCUCUCCAGCAAGAGGUCACUCCAAGCCAGGAUAGAGCAGCAGGGAACAGAGCUCUCAAGCAGCCAUCCUACAGCAUUGAUAUCACCAACACCCAAAGUGAUGCCAAAUCUAAAACAUCUGGCUCUCAAACUACCAGGGGAAAAAACUGGUGUGCUUAUGUCCAUACCAGACUAUUACCUACAGUGGUAGUGGACAACCUGGAAACCUUCUCAUCAGGCAGAGCGAAGCCUUGCACUUGGCUUAUUGGAUCCUGUGCUCAGAGGUCCCAGACAACAACGCACGUGGCCUACAGAACUAAGCAUAAAAUAGUAACAUCACUGGAGUGGAAGUGCUGUCCUGGGUACAGUGGGCAAAACUGCCAAUCCAUGGCUCAAGAACAACAAUUGUUUCUACACAGCAAUCAGGCUGAAAGCAGCAGAACUCUCAGUGAGAGGACACCAGGAGUUCCACAGGACCCCAGUGGUCCAGCACUUACACAAAAAAUGAACGAGAAGAUUAGCAGCCAGGAGAUGAAACUGACUUUUCUACAGAAGAAGGUUGACAACAUUACUGCUGCCAUGAAUGAUGCAAGCAAGACUCUUUCUUCUCUGGAAGGCAAAAUCAAUGAAGAUAAGGGCAGAGACCUCCAGUCUUUUCUAAAAGGUCUCAAAUCCAAGAGUAUUAAUAUGUUAGUCAAAGACAUUGUCAGAGAACAGUUAGAAGGAUUUCGAAGAGAAAUGCAAGAGAGCAUUGCUCAAAUUUUCAAGACUGUGUCUAGUUUAUCAGAAGAUCUUGAAAAUACAAAAGAAUUAGUCAAACAUCUGAAUGAAACCCAACAAAAAUUUGCUCAAGAGAAAGAGAGUGGGCCAACAAAGCUUGACAUUCUGGAGCUAAAAAGUCAUAUGGUGCAGAUGAAAGAGGAAAUGACCCUAACUUGUGACAAGCCUGUGAAAGCUUUACAGAAAAAGCAGAAAUCCUUGGAAGAGAACUUGGAACAUCAACAGUCAAGAAGUGUCAUUUAUUUUGAAUCUUUAAAUAGGACCCUUACUGAAAUGAAAGACGCUCAUGAACAACUUUUAUCAGCUGAACAGUCUUCAAAUCAAAACAUCCCUUCAACAGAUCAAGUCACAGAGUACAACAUUACAGAGUACAUGUUCACACUGAAUGAGAAAGUAAAGAAACAGGGCCUGAUGGUGCUGCAGAUUUACGAUGACUUAAGAAUCCAGGACAGCAAAAUCAGCAAUCUCAGUGUUGAACUGGAAAUUCAGAGAGAUUCUGUUCUGGGAGUCUGUGAUGACAUGUUGUCAGAGAGCAGAAAGGAUUUCCAAAUGCAGCUGGCAGCAACCCAAGAGAACGUGCUUAUCCUAAACAGAAGUCUCUCUGAUAUGGUCCUUCCAUUGGACAGUAAGAUUGAUAAAAUGAAUGAGCAAAUUAAUGAUUUGUGCUAUGACAUGGAGAUCCUGCAACCCUUGAUUGAACAAGGGGCACCUUUUAGUCUGACUUCAGAGUAUGAACACCAAAUUCAAGCUGAAGCAAUCAAUGAAAAGCUUGAAAACCUCACAACUGUCAUUAACAGAAUGAGUUCUACAAUCAAGGGACUUUCUAAAACUCAGGAAGGACUUAAAAAUGAAUCUCAGGCUUAUCAGGAACUCUUUGACAGUCGUAUUAAUGAAUGCUCUAUGGAAAUAGAGGAUGGAUUAAACAAGACCAUGACAGUAAUAAACAGUGCUAUUGAUUCUAUUCAAGAUAACUAUGUACUUAAACAUACGCUACAUGCCCUGAAAAAUGAGACUGAGGUCUGCUGUAGCAGAGCGGAGAAGCUGGACAGCCUGCUGGCUCUAAUUUCCCAGUUCCAACAGUUGAAUGAAACCCUCUGGACAUUGCUUACUGGCAAGAAACAGGAAUUCACUUCACAAGUAGUUACAUCCAUUUCUGAUCUUCCUUAUGUAGAGUCUGACAAAAUUAUGCUCCACAAUUUCAGAAGACUUUACUAUAUUUUAAAUGAAACAUCAUCAAAAGUGGACAGUCAACAAAAAGAAAUCACCCGACUGGAAGAAAAAAUAUUUGACUCUGUGGAGGAAUCUAGGGACCAUGAGGUUCGCCUCCUGGGUGUGGAGUCAAAAAUUUCUAAGUUUUUGGCAAAUAACUGUGUCUCACUGAAGAAAAACAAGGCUGCCUCAACAGAGAAAGAACAAAUGAUCUCACUUCAGCUCCAGGCACUGAAUUCCAGGAUUAAAGCUCUGGAAGCCAAGUCGAUCCGAUUCUCAAACAACAUUCCACUUCUGAACAGGACUGCUCAUGAAGCCUGGGGGCUGUGUCAGGAUGCCAACAGCAGCAUCCAAAAAGUGAAUGCAAGUAUACCUGUGCUAAUUAAACUUGCACAGCCAGAUAUUCCCUUACUGCAAAGAGGCCUCAAAGAGCUCAUUGAAUCUGUGCUUGAAAUAAAAGCAGGGAGUAUCCUGAUGAAUUUAACUGAGCAUGUUGACAUACUGGUGGCAAGUGCAAUGAACAACAUCACCAAGCUUCAGAAGCAAGUGAAACCAACAAUAAAGAAACCAGCUCCAGUGAAAAAAGGGACAACAAACUUCACCAUGAGCCUGGCAAGCCGAAGUCAGAGGAACACAGAUAAUACUAUAGAUUCAGGGCAGUAUUCAGCUUGUGUCAGCUCCCCAUGCCAGAAUGGAGGAACCUGUAUCAAUGACAGAGAGAAUUUUAUUUGUGCUUGUCGCCACCCCUUUGGAGGAGUCAACUGCAGUACGAAGCUGGUGGACGACAAUUCUCUGAGUGUUGAUUUUUCAAAGGGAUCAUACAGAUAUGCACCUAUGGUGGCUUUUUUUGCCUCUCAUACAUAUGGGAUGACGACUCCAGGACCCAUCAGAUUUAAUAAUCUGGAUGUCAACUACGGAGCUUCAUUUGCCCCCACAAGUGGGAAGUUCCAUGUUCCAUAUCUUGGGGUGUAUGUUUUUGAAUAUACCAUUGAAUCAUUUAGUCCCCGUGCCUCUGGCUAUCUGGUCAUUGAUGGAAUAGACAAACUUAGUUUUCAGGCUGAAAAUAUUAACAGCAACAAGUACACUGACAGAGUAAUUACUGGAAAUGCCUUAUUAGAAUUAAAUUAUGGUCAAGAAGUCUGGCUCAGACUGGCAGCUGGCUCUAUACCAGCCAAGUAUCCACCAGUCACUACCUUUAGUGGUUACUUGUUGUAUCGUACAUAAGUCACUCAUAAAUGUAUAAAGUAAUCAUCAAAUGAAACAACUGGCAUAUAAAUUUAUCUUUGCCUUUAAAAUACUUAAUUUCUUUCACUUCAAUAAGUUUCUGAAAGUAACCAAAGCAAUUGCACUGGCAUUUGUGUCUGAUCCUACAAGUUGCUUGUGUGUAGCAUGUACACACCUACAAAGAGUCCAGAGGCUGGGGACAGGGGAAAAGUAAGCAUCCUUCUUCUAUGAGUGAGAAACACAAAUAUAAUUAUUUUCUACAUUUACAUCUCAUAAAUAUACUUACAUAAGGAAGCUGAGAAUCAGUUCUCAAGAAAAAUCAAAGCUGGUUUUGAUGAUCACUUUACAAACUGAGUGCACACCUAAGUGAUGGAUAGAUUUGUUGAUUCAGAUGUUGGGUUACUGUGUAGCUCAUUGUAUCAAGUGAUAGUCAUGUAUAUAUUGUUUGGAAAAAAUAUAUAUAUAUAUUUUUCAUUUUGCCUGACAUCAUUGACCACAUACCUAGAGAAUUCUGCAUUUAAUUGUUUCAAAAUUUUGUAUGUAAUCAGUAUGAUAACAAACUGUAUUUUUUUUUUCUAGCAGAAAUAAAACAGGGAAUACUUAGAAGUUGCAUAUUUAUAUACUCAAAUCAGAAAUAAGGUGGUCAUUUUUCCCAGUGAAUAUAAUUAGUCAUGGCAAAAACAUUACAAUGGAUUUGAUGGACUCUUUCUAUUGCUUGAAGCAUUUAAACCACAGAGAGAUUUUCCUUAGGUGACAUUUGUUUGAGUAAGCAUUAUUAUAUGGGCUUCAUAUACAUUUUGCUGUACAAACUUUGGCCUAUGUAUAAAAUGUUAAAUGAGAUAAUCAUAAUAGUCCUUUCCAAGUUUGAAUUCUAUAAAUCUAUUAUUUUAUUUUUUUCUGCAUCAUAUUCACUAACUGUUAAGGCAAGAUAAAAUGAACUUUGAUCUGCAUAAUCCAAAAUGUGAUUUCCAAGCAUCAAUACAAUAAAAAACAACAUAUUUUCACAUAUGACUGCCUGUAUGCAAUAGCGGAUCACAUUGCCUCAUAAAGUAACAGCUUGAACAUACAUGUGGAUAAAAAUAAGAUAACUGAAUUGUACAUACUUAUUCUAGAAAAAUGCUACUACUGAUGUAUAUGAAUUGGGAAUUAUGUCCUAGUAAAAUUUUACAGUAAAGUCAAACAAAAGAACACAUACUGUAGUGCUCCCUCUGUCCCAUCCUGUGUCCGUUCCCCCUCCCACACCCUGCCCCUCUUGAGUUUAUUAAAUAUUUUCACUGCUAGAUGGUAGACUAAUUCUUCAUUCUUAAGGGAUACUAAGAGCAGUCACCUUGACCAGCAGCCCUAGCCCAGGACUCCUCCUGCUCGAGCCCAGGCCAGUGUCCAGGAUUCAACUUCUGCUGAGCUGUGAAGUUGCUUAUCUUGUUGGGAAGGGAAGUUAUUCAAAGUGUCCUGUAACAGCAAACACCAGCAGCGUGUCAUGCAUAACAUGACCUCAAAUUUAACGCUGCUCUUAAAUGCUAGAAAACCCAAGGGAGGGCAAAAAGUGAUUUUACCAUCUGCUCUAAUCUUGGUUUAAUCCUGCUGUGGAAUAUGAAGUCUAUUUGACCUAGGGAAACGGAUACAGCCUACUGCAGGCCAAGUUUUCCUAUUGCAUUUCUUUUUAAUCUGAACACUGUUAUCUGAAAGAAAGCCUCUUAUCAUUUCUUUGCCUACAUUAGCUAGUUGGUUACAUGUCAGAGGCUUAUUUUCCGAGAUUUCAAGGGAGAUGAAAACUUUAGAUAAAAGCCUAUUUUCUGAAGCCUUAAAUCCACUAAUUAAUUGUUAAUGGAUCCUGCAGCACAUCAUUAAUCAUACAAAAUAUCCUAUGUUUCUUUAAAGGAUCUGAAAUAAAUAGAGCCACUGUAAUAAAGGUCAACUGCAAAUCUCA